CCUUCCCGUCGUGCCGCGCGCGGCCGGAAGCGGAAGUGAGUGCGCUGGUAAUCAUGGUGCCGCUGGGGUGGGGAAGGAGGUGCCGCCGCUACCGGGAGCUCGAUGGGUUGUUACGGUCCCGCUUCAGGAUACCGCAGUGAGCGGCGGUGAGCCAUGGGGGAAAACAGUCCCGAAGGCAACGUUAUCUACUAUGAAGUGGACGAUGACGAAUUAACCCAAGAUGACAAUAUGAUGAGGUUUGCUGAUAAAAACGGACUGGUUUCUUCAUCGUCCGGGACAGUCUAUGACAGGACAACUGUUCUCAUAGAGCAAGACAGCGUGCUGGAAGAUGAUGAGGAUGAAGGACAAUGUGGUGAUCACUUGCCUUUUUUACCGGAGGGUCAUGAAGAAGGAUUUCAUUUAAUAGCAGAUCAUGAAGGAAUGUCCCAGGGUUAUGUGCAACAUAUUAUUUCUCCAGAUCAGAUUCACCUAACAAUAAAUCCUGGUUCAACUCCUAUGCCAAGAAACAUUGAAGGCGCAACACUCACUUUGCAGUCUGAAUGCCCAGAAACCAAGCUUAAAGAAGUUAAGAGAUACCAGUGCACUUUUGAGGGCUGUCCACGAACCUAUAGCACUGCUGGAAACCUGCGCACUCACCAAAAGACACAUCGUGGGGAAUACACUUUUGUCUGCAAUCAAGAAGGCUGUGGCAAAGCCUUUCUUACCUCUUACAGCCUCAAAAUCCAUGUUCGAGUGCACACUAAGGAGAAGCCGUUUGAAUGUGAUGUGCAGGGCUGUGAAAAGGCAUUCAAUACACUGUACAGGUUGAAAGCACAUCAGAGACUUCACACAGGGAAAACAUUUAACUGUGAAUCAGAAGGCUGCAGUAAAUACUUCACAACACACAGUGACCUGAGGAAGCACAUUCGAACACAUACAGGAGAAAAGCCAUUUCGGUGUGAACAUGACGGCUGUGGAAAGGCUUUUGCUGCAAGCCAUCACCUCAAAACACAUGUUAGGACACAUACUGGGGAGAAGCCCUUCUUCUGUCCCAGCAAUGGCUGCGAGAAGACUUUUAGUACACAGUAUAGUCUCAAGAGUCACAUGAAAGGCCAUGAGAAAGGACAUACCUACAAUGCACUUCCCAAUAACAAUGUGUCUGAGGAUACAAGCCACUCGCUUUGUCUGAGUGAUUUAAGCCUCAUAUCAACAGAUUCAGAGCUGCGGGAGAACUCUAAUCUAACACAUGGACAAGAUCUUAGCACAAUCUCACCAGCAAGCAUCUUUGAGUCUAUGUUUCAGAGCACAGAUCACACCACAAAUCAGGAAGACUCUAAGCAGACAGCUGCCUUGAUUGAAGCUUUUAAUGGUCACGCAGACUCAGUCACUGCUGUUCCGCCUUCUGCAGGAGAUUCAGCAUCGCUGUCACUUCCACUUGUACUGCAACUUGGCAUCUCUGAGCCUUCACAUUCAGCACUACAAGCCUCAGCAGCACCUGCUGCUCCCUCCUCCAUAGGAACCAGCUCACAGCAAGCUGCAUUUGGAAAUCCUGCAACUGUUUUACAAUCCCCAGAAGUGCCUGUUCCUCACAGCACACAGUUUGCAGCCAGUCACCAAGACUUCCUGCAGCACACUCAGACACCACCGCAGCCCAUUGUACAAGGACUUUCAGUGGUUGCUGGGGCACCUGCCCCAACAGCAUCAAGUGCCACUGAGCCCCUGCCAGCUGUAGUUCAGACUGUGCCUGUUGGUGCGAACUCUGUUCUGACUAGCAAUCCAACCAUAACAAUUACUCCUUCUCAGAGCACCGCUAUUCUGCAGUCCAGCAUCGUCAUGGGAGAGCAGAACUUGCAAUGGAUAUUAAAUGGUUCUCCACAAAGCCAAGAACAAAUGCCACAAGUUCCAAAAGUAGUAGAAAAGGUCUUUUUUACCACUGCAUUACCAGUAGCUGGCAACACAGGAAACCCUGUUCAGCAGAUUGGUCUCAGUGUUCCUGUCAUUAUUAUAAAGCAGGAGGAAGCCUGCCAGUGUCAGUGUGCCUGCCGAGACUCUGCCAAGGACAAAGUCACCAUUAAGAAGGAGAAUUCCUCACCUGAACCGAAGGCUUCGGAGCAGCCAGCUCCCCAGCUGCAGCCUCAGACCUUUCCUUCCUCUUCCUCUUCCCCUUCUCCCUCACGUGGGCAGAGCAGUCAAAUAGUUAACCCUUCAGACUUACAGACUGAAACAUUAAGUGCCAUGGAUGUAUCGGACUUCCUGUCCCUCCAAAGUCCUGAGACCCCAUCUAAUAUAAUUCCAAUCGAAGCACUACUGCAGGGUGAGGAAGACAUUGGUCUGAAUAGCAACUUCUCUAAAUGAAGAUGUUCUGGAUUUUCUUUUGCACCUGGAGGGUAAAACCUUCCUCUUAGAAGCAGAAACUGAAGGAUCGAUUCUUUUUCCUUCCUCUUUGGAAGUUUUGUGGCUUAUUUCUGCUUCACAGAUGUCAUCUUAGUCACGUCCCAGGUACAUCCAUCUUUAAGAAUCUAUCUAAAAAUAGAAAAGGCAAAAAAAAAAAAAAGCUAAGUUAUAUAUGAACUGUUUUGGCUGCACUGUCUGUCACUUUUGCUUGUCAUAUGUGAACACGGAAGUUAAGGUUACUCGUGUGCAAAAAGAUUUUUAAAAGAAAAGGGGGGUUAGUUUGUCUCCAAUUGCACAUCACUUACAUUUGGGCUUAAGGUACUGGCAGCGAGUGAGUCUUUGUUACAACUCCUUGGGUCUAUGAUUUUUCUUUUGUCUCUUAUGUCUGAUACUAACCAUGCACUAUAAGGGGAGCCCAGGACAGGAAUUUGCUGUAGCAAAAAAUGGUUUUGUUGUAGUAGAAGGUGAUUUAUCUGCAAUUUUAUUGGAAUGCGAUUGUCACGUCACUGAGCUGGGAGUUGAUGCCUGGGUUUGCAUUGUACUGUGGCUAUUACUGAAGCCUACAGAAGAGUUUGGGGAGCUUAUUGCAAGAGAGCAUGAGGUACUUGUGCUCCUUAUAGAUCAUUUAAUUUAACUAGGACUUAAAAUGUGGUGGCAGAUGUAUGGAAACACUAUAGGAGCCCCCGCUCACUCAGACUCGAGAGUCUGUUUGCCUGUCUUUGAAGGAUGCAGUGAGUUCCAGGUAUUGUCAGAUUGGUGCCUGCUGCUCUUCUGAUUCAUUUGGCUCUCUUCAGAAACGAGUCAUCCUCUUAAACGAGCCCUCCAAUCGAUUAAUCAGGAGCAUGGUGCCUUUGCUGAUUGCUCUCAUCUUUUGUCAAGAAGAACUCUAGGAAAAUUUUCAGAACGAUUUCAUGUAAGUUCAGUUUGGGUUCAGUGAGUUUCUCCUUCAGCUGCCCAGAAAUGCUUCCUCUUUUCUGUUAAGCUAUAUAGUUUCUGCCUGAAUCUGCCUCCAACCUAAUGCAAUGCCAGCUUUUUGUGCACGGGGCUAUUUCUUGACUAAAAAAAUGUUACACGACAUAGUAGUUUUUCAUAUCAAACUAUAUUCUAACCUACUCAGGGUAAAUAAAACACAAACCCCCCCUUCCACCAAAAAGCCUGUAAUGUUGCAAUAAAUGCAGUCUCAUUCUAAAUGGUUUAUUUAUGCUGCAUUAUUUUAAAAGAUGUAAUUUUAUAGUAUUUUAUCCAUCUUUCUGGCUUUGGCUGUCAGUCUUUUGUGCUAAAGGAAAGAAUAUUAAAUAGUCUUUAUUCAGU